AUGGCAUAUUUGGUGGAUGAAUGGUAUGAAUAUCAUCGUCGUGUAGGUUUCGAUCAUCUAAUAAUUUACGAUAACAAUUCAACGGAUGGUCUCGGAAUGUUGUUUGCGAAUAGAGCUGAUCUUGAAAUUAUUCGAUGGCCAUGGAGACGAUCCCAGCAUCAAGCAUACACACAUGCUCUGUUAUUGACAAGAGAUCGAUGUGUUUGGACUCUAUUCUCUGAUCUUGACGUUUUUAUAUUUCCACGAUCAUCAAAUUCAGUUCGAAGUGUCAUACAAAAUCAAGCAAGCUCAGAUAUUGCUCAGAUUAGUUUUAAGUUACUCAGAAUGUCUCAUGAAAAUCUUGUCGAAUGUUCCAAUACUUCGAUUACAGAAACUUAUAUUCAUCGAAAACGAUUGCCGGAUGCUUGGGAUAAAAAUCCAUCAACAGCAGUUAUCACCUCACUCGCUGUACCGAUGCAUCGAAUACACGAAGCUCAAUUAUUGAAACCUUACAAGUCCAUCAUAUUAUCAUCAGAUAUUGCCUAUGGUGUUCAUUACAGUGAUCGUUGUUGGAAACAGUACUUUUUUCAGAAAAUCAUUGGCCGAACCGGUAUCAAAGAUUGGAUUGUUCCAAGAACUGUUAGUAUACUCCAUCCAAUUCAAGAUGAAUAUACUUUGGAUAUUGUUGGUUUUGGUUCAGUUGAAGAUGUAUUAAAAUUAUAUAUCAAAGAAAAACAAAUAAAAAAUAUUCAAUUUAUUGGUCGAAUUGAUUACACGAAUUUAUAUAAGUAUUAUCAAAGUGCACAAGCCUUUAUAUGUACAAAUUUAAAUGAAACAUAUGGUUUUACAUUACUCGAGUCAUUGUCAUGUGGAACACCUAUUAUCUAUCCAAAAUGUCCCGUUUUUGAGAAGUUAUAUAAACCAUAUUUUCCUCAAUUAGAAUAUGAUAUAAAUAAUAACAAAGAAUUUAUCAAUGCACUCAAAUAUAUUCAAAAAAAUGAUAAAAACUUGCGACAAUUAUGUCGAGCGCAUGCUUGUCAAUAUUCAUGGAAAAAAGCAACAGAAGAACUCGUUUCACUUUAUCAAAAUAUUGUAGCUAAUCAUGAAACAAAGAUAUUUUAG